AUGGCUCAAGUACUUACCCUCCCAGACGGCCGCAAGCUCGACUACUUGGUCGGCGGUGCCGAGGGAGGUCUUCCUCUCGUCAACAUCCACGGCACACCUGGGUCCUACCUCAUUGACAGAGACCUGCAGACUGCUUGCGAGACGAGAAACAUCAAACUGAUCAGCCUGUCCCGAUCCGGGUACGGCGGCUCGACGCGGCACCAUGGCAGGCGGAUUGUUGAUGUUGUGGCGGAUAUUCAUGCGCUGCUUGAGCACUUGGGUCACAAGGAAUGCAUUGUCAUGGGACGUAGCGGUGGUGGACCUCAUGCUCUGGCCAGCGCGGCUCGUCUGCCGGGUUGCCUCGCUGUGCUGUGUGUUUGUGGCGUAGGGCCGUAUGGCGUGCAGGAUCUUGACUUCUUCGCGGGGUUUGGGCAAGGCAAUAUCGAUGAGUACAACGCCACCCUCCAGAGCGAGGAGACAAUCACCAAGUUCUGCGAAGCCCGCCGGCCCGAGAUGAUCACAGCCGACCCGGCCAUCCUGGUCGAGGGGCUCUCCAGCAUGCUCCCAGAGGUAGACAAGAAGGCGAUCCUGGAGAACGAGGCCAUGAGCGAGGAGGUUGUACAGACGAUCCGCGAGGCGCUCAAGCACAACGUGGACGGGUGGGUGGACGACGACCUGGCGUUUGUGGCGCCCUGGGGGUUUGAGCUCAGCGAGAUCAAGGUCCCUGUUUUGCUGUACCAGGGCGACGAGGACCUGAUGGUGCCGUUUGGACAUGGGAAGUGGCUGGCGGAACACCUGCCCAGGGACCAGGUGAGACCUCACUUGCUCAAGGGAGAGGGACACGUCUCAAUUGUGCAGAAUCACCUGGAUGCCAUGUUGGAUGAGAUCUUGUCGGCCACUGCGAAAACAGCAGUGAUGGGGUGA